AGAUAGAAAAUGCGUGCAAUUGAGCACUUUUUCGCUGUCACCAUUCUGCACGAACGGCUUGAGCGCUAAUUCUGGCAACGACAUGGAAAAGACAUUGGAUCAGCUGGAAAUUGUAACGAAUCCAAGUGCUGAGCAGUGGAUCGACAUGGUGCAAUGGAUGGCUAAAGCUGAAUGGCCACUCACACUUGAAGACCUCACAGCGUGGAAAAGGUCUUUUGGGGAGAGAUUUUGGCUGUUCAUAGCGAUUGAAAAAGAAACGAAAGAAUCGGUUGCUUGCGUCAUGGGGCUGUCUGAAAUGACUGCUGUCGAUAACGAAGAAAACAAGGAAUACGUUUACAUAGUUGGGCUCUAUUUCGUUCGAGAAGAUUGGCGGAAACAUGACGUAGGAACAACCUUAUUCAAUAAGUUUAUGGAGGUAGCAGGCGAUUCAAAUAAGGCUUUGCUAUCAGUACUGGAUAUGUCUGGAAAGUAUGCUGCAAAAUACGGCUUCGAUAAAAUGCUCAAUUACAAACAUGACAUGGCUACAAUUCCUAUCGAACACAUCGUUAUUCCAAAAGGCGAUCCAGAAUACAUUAUCAAGGAUCUCAAACAUGUGGAUGAAAAGAAACUCGCCGCAUAUGACUCUUCAGUUAACAGACUCAAUCGUGCUGAUUAUCUGCUCAAUUUCAUCACUACAAUCAACUGCUAUACUAAGGUAGCUUUGAACGAAUCUGGUGAUGUCGUGGGUUACUGUUGUAUAAGAUCGGUGCUCAUGAACUAUCUCAGUAUCAGUCCACUAUAUGCCGACAACGAGGCUGUUGCACGAACGUUGCUCGCUGAAGUGCUGCCUAUGGUCCAUCAUAUGAAAAUAUAUCGGCAUCUGAAAGCGAUGUAUCCAGCCGCUAAUGAACAAGCACGCAGCUUAUUUGAUGCACUUGGUGGUGGACAAACGAAGUUUGAAAACAUGGGACAAUGUGUUUUCACCAAGAAGAUCCUGCCCAUUGUAGAAGGGAAAGUGUUUAGCAUAUGCGAAACUUUGAAAGGUUAUGUAUAGAUGUGUUGUUGUUUUUUUCU